UCGCUCUUUCCGAAUUGCUGGAAGCUCACCGUACCGUUCCUUGUAUUGAUGACUACGUUCAAGGCGCGCCUUACGUAAAUUUGCGAAUUCGAUGUUUAGCUGUCGCACGAGUUCUUGCUCCUUUUUACUUUUGUUUUUUAAGGAAAUGGGUUUAGCCUCUCAAUGUUUAUAUGUGUGCUUUCUCUUUCUCUUUUACUGCUAUGUAAUUGUGGUGCCUAAAGCUUCACUUACGAAGGCUAAUAUGCAGAAUACAGAAACGUUGUUUGAAAAGAAGGACUUGAGUGUUGUUGCCUCCCACGUAGCUAGGAUACACAUGCUAUUACUAAGUAGUGCUUUAUUACCUUGGCAACGGAGGCAUUGCUGCUCUUGGACUGAAUCUCUUUCUACAAUUGACAGGUUGUAGCAAAUGUCAGUUUAACAAAUAAAUGAAAGGCAACUCAUUACGGAAACACUGACAGGGCACGUCACUCACCAGUUUAUUUUGGUAUUUCGUAAUGUUACUCUGAAUGUUACGCACUUGAAUCUCGUACGCUUCAUCUUGUGCCGGGUUGUGCAUUUGUAAACUGUUAUUUUAUUUUUCUGUGGAGAGAAAAAGAAAGAAGAAAGGG